AUGAAAUUUUGUGUUUUCAUUUUGCUCUUAGGUUUAGUUAUUUGUGAUUAGCUACAUGCAUAAAGCAAUUUAAGAUAUGAAUAUUAAUUUGCUCCAUGGAGGUUAGAUUGUACAAAUAAAUGUCAAAGUGCUGGAGGUGUUGUUUGCGGAUAUGAAACAUAUGUUUGUUGCAGAUCAGGAAAAUGCUUAAAACAAUGGAAGUCUGAGACAUGUGAUACUUGGGAUAAAAUUCACAUUCUAAAUUGUGUACCAGGGCCAAGUAGCAAAUAAUGACUUAUAAAAUUUAUCAUUUUAUAAUAUGCAUUUACAGA